CACCUCUAUUCAACCAUUCAAGCCGCGACACUCCAUCCGCGAUUCUAUUUUCCUUUCCCUCCGCUUGUCACGUGGUCGACGACGGCUAGUUUUGUUCUUGAGCAAAAUCGAUGCGGUCAUAAUUAUAAUACUACGUUUAUCUGAUUUUCCUUUUGUAUUUUCCUUAAUAUUAUUCAGUGAUGAAUACGAAUUUGGUAUUAUUAGAAGCAGUCUGGCGCUGGAACUUCACGGAAAAGCAACAGCCAUCGCGGCCCGAUAUUAUUUCGGCGUGUAUUUUCUGUGAUAAAUGAUGAAUAAUUCCGUCGCUCCUGUAGACGGUGGACAGGACAACGACGAGGAUUUGAGCAAGGACUUGGAGAAUUGGAUGUCCUUGUUGCCGCAGGAGUUGAAGCAGACGCCAAUUAUACAUUUGGCGAUUCCAGGUUCGCAUGACAGUUUCACAUCGGAAAUAACAUCAGACUCUCCGCUUGCUCCUGACGCCGAAAACGCCAUCAAAAAACUAAGUUUUUUGGGCCCACUGUUGAAAUUUUUUAUGGUAAACUGGUCAAAAACUCAAACGUACAAGGCAGCUGACCAACUGAUCAGAGGUAUUAGAUAUUUCGAUUUAAGGAUUGGUACUAAAAGUAGUACCGAAGAUUUGUUUAUCGUUCAUGGAUUGUAUUCAGCUACGGUACAAUCGUGCCUUGAAGAAGUUCGCAGUUUCUUGGAUACUCAUACUCAAGAAGUAGUGAUUUUGGACUUCCAACAUUUUUAUGGAUUCAGACAAAGUGAUCACGAUAGACUGAUGCAGCUAAUAUACCACAUUUUUGGUGCUAAACUCUUGCCUUAUUCGCAGCACAUGAGUUAUGUAACUUUACAGUACAUGACCACACAAUAUCGAUAUCAGGUAAUUAGUGUAUACAGAUCGGAUGCCGCUCGUUUCGGGCAGCCCUUACUGUGGCCUUCGAAUAGUUUUCCAAACCCCUGGCCUAAUACGGUUUCGAAAAGUUCCUUAUUCGAAUCUCUACAUAGAGGACUCAGUAAUCGACCAUCGGGAUCUGCUCAUAUCUCGCAAUGCGUACUAACGCCUCCUGGUUGGUUCAUUUUUCAAAAUUUAUUCAGUUCUUUAAAGAAACAAUGCGCAGUCAAACUAGAAGAAUCAAAAUCGAACUGGAUCGAAAAUCAAUCUCCUGGCCCAGGAGGUUUAAAUAUUAUUAUAGCAGAUUUCAUAGAAUUGUCCGAUUGUAAAUAUGUCAAAGAUGUGAUUAAUUUAAACCAAAAGCUUAUUGCCACUAGUAAUAAAAAGUAUUAAACAAUAA